AUGGCUACAUCUGUCGACUCCACGCUAUUGAUAGGGCUCCCGGAGGGGACACCUCGGAUCAAGUAUACCACUAUGAGGAAGCUCAAGAACCUGGUCGAUAAAACAGUUAAGGCAUGCAGUUCAGAUACUUCUCAUAACCAUAGCCCGUUUAUCGUCGCUAAAGACAUACCACCUACUAUUCUUGAGGAAUUUGAUAAAAUUUACCCAGACAAGGGUCCAAGGCUAUCAGCAAACAUCAAAGAGAGGAUCCUUCUUUUAAAGAUCACGUCGGGACCAGGUCAUGAAACCGCAGUCGCAGCCGUGGAAUACUAUAUCAAUCGUGAACUGGAAAAAAUGAACCUUGAUGAAACAAUUAUCAUAUCUGGUAGUACAAGAGCAACAGGUAGUACCUCCGUUAAGGAACCAGACGGCGGCUUUACACGAGGACAUCACAGCUGGCCAACUUUGGUUAUUGAGGGCGGUGCAUCCGAGUCCGCUACUAAAUUAAAGAUGGAUGCGCAGUGGUGGUUAGAAAGUAACGAAUCGAUAACGGAGAUUGCUUUAACGAUUGAGGUCAGUCGGGAUUCUCCUACAAUCACUUUCCAGAAGUGGGAGCGCCCAGUAAAGAGAGAAUAA